AUGGACGUGUGCACGCAGGUGCUCGAGAUCCUGCGCGGCGGCCUCCCGACUAGCGCGGUCAACGCGCCCAUCAUCCUCCCCGAGCAGUACCGCAAGCUGCAGCCGUCCGUGGCGCUGGUCGAGAAGAUGGGCCGGCUGUACUCGCAGCACUUUGCCGGCGGCAGCGGCAGCAGCGCGGUGGUCGGCGGGCGCACCUUCGAGCUCGUCUACCACGGUGAGCUGGCCGGCAUGCCCAACACGAAGCCGCUGCUGGCCGCGCUCGUCAAGGGCCUGGUCGCGUCGUUUAGCGACUCCAACGUCAACAUCGUCAACGCGACGCAGAUCGCCAAGGAGAAGGGCAUCACGGUCAGCGAGACGCACGCGCACGACUCGGCCCGGAACCAGACGUACGUCAACCUGGUCAGCCUGCGAUCGUACCCGGACGGCAGCAGCUCGCGCGGGGCCGGGGCCGCGCAGGUCAUCGAGGGCUACGCCUCGAACAAGCGGCUGUACAUUUCGCGGCUGGGACGCUUUAACGCGGCGUUCAGCCCGGAGGGCACGCUCAUCAUCCUGCACAACUACGACCAGCCGGGCAAGAUUGGCGGCGUCGGCACGGUGCUCGGCUCGCACGGCAUCAACAUCCGCUUCAUGCAGGUGGCGGCGCUCAGCUCGGAGUUCAGGGCCGGCGAGUGGACGCCGCCGACCGACGACGGGCUGCAGCCGAGCCGCUCGCAGGAUUCCCUGGCGGACGUGGCGACGCAGCAGCAGCGGCCGGGCGACGAGGCGCUGAUGAUCCUGGGCAUCGCGGGUAAUGUGGACAAGAAGGUCAUGGAUGAUCUGCAGCAGGCAGAGGGCGUGUUGGAUGUCAGCGUGGUGAAUCUGUAG